UAAAAAUGAACCAUAAUAAACUUGCUCAUGCACCAGGUCAUGACAAGCCCAAACAGAGCCGAAAAGGGUUCAGCCAAGAUGUGUUUUUCAUACUUAAGCAAACAUCGAUUCAAUGAUCUGGCGACAAGCUUAAAUAAGCACUCUGUAUAUUUCAAGCAAACACUUAAGGAUAUUAAGCAAGAGAAAAUUAGGUUAAUUCUCCCAAAUUGGGCAUCAUUCUUUGCCAUAAAAGUACUAGUCAAGUUUGUCAGUGAAGAUUUGCUACCCAAAACUAUGGAUCCCAUAGAGGCUCUUAAAGUGAUCUGGCUGGGAGACUACUUCAAAAUCAGUGAACUUGUGUUCAUAAUGAUAGAGACGUUUAUAAUACCCCAACUUGAGCCUGAAAAUGUGAUCCAAUUUAUCAAUGAAGCUUAUGCCAAACUCAAGAGCAUUGGCAAGAACUGCUUACUUGACAAAAGUAACUUAAUCUCUCUACAAGGAAACAUCACAACAAGUUCGGUAAUAAUAAACAGAGAAAAGGAAGAGGAUGCUUGGUAUUCUCUUCUUGACAAAGCACUGGAAUUUAUGGCUCAGAAUAGUCCAAUUUCGAUACUAAAAUAAGCAGAGCUCUCAGAUGCAAAUACCCAAGGUGAUACUUGACGAAAUCUGUGAAAGAGUGCACCAAAACUCUAAUUCUAUCCCUAAUCACCAGAUAUUGAAGUUCAUGUGCUCAAUUAAGGAUAAGGAAGGAUUCCCUGAACUCCUGAGUCAUGAGAGAAGAAAUAUUCUAGAAAAAGCAGAACAUCAUGGCAGCCCAAUCCUAACUUGGGAAGUCUGCGACGUCAUGGAUAACUGCCUCAAGGAGAGUGAUACCUUUGUUAUUAAUGAGAAAACUUGGACUCUCUCAGCUUGGUAUAUCAAAGGGUCUCUCCAGAUAUCGAUCAGACAUAUAGAGCAGGAGCAAACAUGAGAAAUGCUGAGGACCGAAACUUCAUACCUUCCAUCAAUGAAGGGAUACAUCUCUAUACAGUAUAAAGUUGUUGUUGGAGACACUGACAAAUUCUCUGAGUCAAACAUUAUGAGCUUGCCUCCUUAUUCGAAGGAUAACUGUAUCUUAUUCAAUCAGAAAUAUGAAUUAGGGGAGGACUGAAAGCUAAAAAUUCAUCUACACAUGUGACUAAAAUACACCUAUGCAGCUUUGAUUACAGCUAUUUCUUCGAAUUUUAGCAGCCACCUUAAUAAUAAUAAAAUUUCAGAAUUAUUAGGCUAUCAGACAUUGCAGAUGCUAUUCAAGUCAGACGACUUAGAUGUACUCACUGAAGAUCAUGUCUUCGAUGCAUUUAUAAACUGGUAUGACGGCCAACUACAAAAUCCUGAACUAGACCAGCUAAAGCUGAAUGAGCAGAUCAGAAUGCUCAGUGACAGUAUUAGAUGGCAAUACGUAAAUGUGACCAAAUUCACGAAAACUCUUUCAAGCCGCAAGGAGCUGUGCCAAAACAUGGACAUUAGGAGGAUAUAUCGAGAGGAGCUAAAAUAACCGGCUUGCUUCAGUAGACUCUCACUUUUUCAACAAUUCCUACUCUAGAGUGAGCAUCAACGAUAAGCCUCCUCGUAGGAGCUAUGAGAGGUUCAUCCGUGAAGAAAACGCAGAGUCUAUAAUUAACUCACUUGCAGAUUUUGUAUUAGAUAGCCACAAAACAGAGGUUGAGGCAAUUCCAUUAGAUCACAGAUCAGAAAUUGCAAAAGUAGAAAUAGGUAUAAUUGAAGAUUUUGAUCAAGAAAAUAUGAACUUCAACCUCGAGCCUAAGACUCGGAGAACAACUGAGAGUAACUUCAUGGCCAAGAGACAUAAAAAUCUCGACUCUUUCUUCACUGUUAAUAAGAAUUCGGCUAAGAGCAAUUAUAAGCCUAAUGGUCCAGAUGUCUGUCAAGACAGGAAGAAGAGAAGGCUCAGGAAUUCUGCUCUAGAUAACUCUCUUCAUAGUUCGUUGGUAACUGACAGCAAGAAAACGCCAACAUCCUUUAAAGAGACUAAUAUUCCUCAAGACGUUCAAAAGGAAGUUAGCAUAAACAUGGGCAGAAACUUUAGCUCUAGCAAUUUUUGCCUUGAAUCAUCAAGUAGCAAAGAAAUAGAGGUCACUAAGAAUACUGGAAAAGAUACCAGCACAGAGAGGAAGAAUAAUCCCAGGAUCGCCUUUCUAGGGCACGAGACUAAGAAAUUUAAGAGACCUUCUAUUAUUAAAUAA